UGAAACUGACUGCGUGAGCUGAUUGUGUGAUCCAGUCCUUGAAGCUCUACAAUGCUUCACCUGAAGGAUGGAGGGUGCUGUAAAAUUCCACUUGGGGCCAUCUGUGUUUUGAUUGUUCAUUACAUUGUUGUCUUCCUUCACCUAACACAAUUUUGUACAGGUCAGCCUCAGGUGGUUGGUCCAUCACAGUUAACUGUGGCAAUAGCUGGUGAUGACACUGUGUUACCAUGCCAUCUAGACCCUGCUGUGAAUGCUGCUGACAUGACAGUAGAGUGGACAAGAGCUGACCUGACGCCCAAAUUUGUCCAUGUUUGGCGUGAUGGUGUGGAUCUCGAGAAUAAAAAGCACGUCGACUACAAGGGAAGAACAUCAGUGGCCAUUAACAAACUGAAGCUUGGAGACAUUUCACUAAAAAUCUCCAAAGUGAAGCUGUCAGAUAGGGGAUCGUACAGAUGCUUUGUUCCUGCCCUUAAUGAAGAAGCCAGUGUUGAGCUUUUUGUUGGUGCCGUGUCAUCACUUAUCAUCAGUUUAUUGAGGAAUAACAAAGACAGCAGCAGGGUGGUGUUACAGUGUGAGUCUGCAGGCUGGUAUCCAGAGCCUGAGCUGCUGUGGUUGGACGGUGAGGGAAACCUCCUCCCUGCUGGACCUACAGAGACCCUCAGAGGUCCUGAUGACCUCUAUACUGUCAGCAGCAGAGUGACUGUGGAGAAGAGACACAGCAACAACAUCACCUGCAGAGUCCAACAGAAGAACAUCAACCUGAGCAGAGAGACACACAUACAUGUUCAAGGUGAUUUCUUUAAUACUUCAUGUUCUUCUGCUGCUCACAUCAUCAUCAUCAUCAUCGUGGCUGUGACGGCCCUGCUUCUUCUUGCAGUUGUCUUUUUUGUGUGGAAAUGUCAUUUUAAACGUCAAGGCAACAACUUCACAGGAACUGAUCACACAGAACUUCAGCCCCUCACUGAGAAAAGAAGCACACAAUGUCUCACAGAGGAAAGUGUUAACACCAAUAACUUAGAUGAGAAACAAGAAAACCUCAAGGCUCAACUUAAAGAACAAGAGGAAGACAAAAUGAAUUUGAUAAUGGUGGUUCUUUUAUUGAUGAGUCAAAAAGAUGAUUUAGAAAAUGAUAUUCAUGAACUUAAAUUAAUGCUAGAGAAACAGGAAGAUGAAAAUCAGAGUCAGCUGGUAACAAAUACAAAACCAGCAGAACAAACUGACAUGCAAACUGCAUCUGAGGAACUGAAAGAUAAAGAGAAUCUCAAAAUACAAACUAAUAUUGAAACCAGAAAGAAAGAGCUGGAAAAAGAAAUAGAGACAAAAGAAAGUCAAAUCAAAUCAGUAUUGUACGGGGUUGAUGUCAUGACAGAGAAGAAGAAGGAGCUGGAUGAUGCUAUAGAAGAAAUUCAUAAACAGCUGGAGAAAAUAAAGCAGACAGAGGUUCAAAUACAGUUGGAGUCAGGUGUUUCAGAGGCAUAAACAUAAACCUAACAAACAGUCACAUUAUUAUUUUGAACAGUCUUUAACACUGACACAGGUACAAGUACAGGACAGUGAAUGAAAUGAAAGAAAAGAAAAUCCACAACAGCCUAAAGUGAAGACAACAUUACUUUACUUUGCUCUACAGAGGAGAGCCUUUCAUCACCAGACAAAAGUUGAGACGUCUCAGUCACACAAUGAUUAAAUGUACCUUAGUGAACUCUAGUGGCCAUGUGAUCUAUGACAACUGCAUAUCAGGAAAAAUGUAUGCGUCAGAGCUGCCCUCAUUCAGCCACAAAGCACACACACCAUAAUGGUUUAGUAAAAGUCUAAUACAUAGCUUCUCUCUUCAUAUACAGUUAUUAAUGAAAUUAAUAUGUUGCAUCUUCUUUAUAAAUAAACUCCGACACACUCAGGUGCCUUUGUUAUGAAUAAAUGAAAAAAAGAGCACUUUAAUGCAGAAAACUGAAAACAGGACUGUAUCAAAGUAAAACUUGUGUUGGCAGAUUGUGUGAGAUUGUGCAUCAAGUUGCCAGUGUUGAGGAAAUUACUAUUUACGAAUAUACAUUCUGUGAAACUUCCAGCAGUCUGUUAACUACAACUCAAUACUGGAGGUUACUUUAAUAUAAACC